UGGAGUAAGGGGUAGAUGAUUCGCGUUCAAUGUUCCAUGAGAACGACGUGUUCUUGUAGGUGAAUUGAACAUCGAGAUAUAGGUAGAGAAAGAAAGGAAGAGAGAAACGGGUGAAUGGUUCUGAGAAAGGAUCAAAGAAGGAAGGAUGAUGCAGACAUUAUACUGCAUAGGAGAUUGUUCUUCGUGACCCUUCAAAAUAGAUUAUCUGUUCUGAGCCAUCAAAGUGCAAGGAUUGUUCUCCUUGUGUAUUGACGUUAGUCCUUCUUAAACGGAAGGCGAAAAGUUGUCUUUAAAAGUGCAUGAGGCAAAGUUAUGACACGGUUAGAGCGAGUUAGAAGAGGUAGGAGUAAAGGCGUGCGGUGCGAUAAUAGGGACAACGGCAAGGACUGUUCCGUUUCCGUUCUCAGUUUCGCGCGGCUCGCGGCUGUAGCUGCUGUUGCUACUCUUUCGUCUAAUCGUAAAAAUUCUCUGGAAAGUUGCGUUUAUCAACUUGUGGCUCGCGAGGCAUGCGAGCCUAACGUGUUUAGCGUUACGGGGUAAGAUAGAGGUGCUCGAAGACGUCGCGGACUUGGAGAACGUGGGGAUCACAGUCCAUUGGACUGUGAUAGAGAGAGGUGAAAAGGAGAAAGGGGGGAGGGAGGUGGCGGUGGCGCUGAAGGAGGAGAAGGAGGAGGAGCGCGAAAGGAUGAAUGAGAAGACAGAGUGCCGAGCGCACCGAUCAAGUGCCCGACUCUGACUCUUCGUAUCUUAUAUUUGUGCUUCGUUUCUUCCAAGAACGAAGCCCAACAACAGGACGGCUACGGUUCUUUCGAAAGAGAAAGGGGAGAGAGAGAGAGAGAGAGAGAGAGAGAGAGAGAGAGAGAGAGAGAGAGACGACGAAGCAAAGACGACGACCUGUGGGGCGAAGAGGGAAUGAGAGAAAGAAAGAGAUGUGGGAUCGUCGAUGUGCCUUCUUACUACCGUGUCUACUAACUUGAAUGCGUGAUUAUUCCUUUCGCCCGAGCGGCUGGCCGUCCGGCUAUCUAAAGCUACGUUCACAAGCAACGUUUUUUUACGUGGAACCGAAUCGAAACGGUUGAUGAGAACUGAUCGAAUUCGAUCGUCCAAUCAGCUGUCGGCGAGACUGGACGAACGAGAUCGAAUGAAGCUGGGAGAAGCAUGCCCUCUAAGAAGCAGUACAAUCUCGUGCAUAAUGACGAGUACGAUACACGGAUACCGCUACACAGCGAGGAGGCCUUCCACCGUGGAAUUGUCUUCCACGCCAAGUUCAUUGGUUCUAUGGAGGUACCUCGACCAACCAGCAGAGUUGAGAUCGUGGCGGCGAUGCGAAGAAUUCGGUAUGAAUUUAAGGCGAAAGGGAUCAAGAAGAAGAAAGUGACGUUGGAGGUAUCGGUCGACGGGUUGAAGGUCAUGCUCCGGAAGAAGAAGAAGAAACAGCAAUGGAUGGAAGAGAACAAAUUAUAUCUCAUGCAUCACCCGAUUUACAGGAUAUUCUAUGUCUCCCACGAUAGUCACGACUUGAAAAUUUUUAGUUACAUCGCCCGUGACGGUAGCAGUAACACCUUCAAAUGUAACGUCUUCAAAUCUAGUAAAAAGAGUCAAGCAAUGAGGGUGGUGAGAACCGUGGGACAAGCCUUCGAGGUGUGCCAUAAAUUAAGUAUAAAUAAUACGAACGAAGAUAAAGAUCGUGGGGAAAAGGAAAAGGAAAUGGAAAAGGAUCACAGCGAGAAUCAUCGUGACGUUUACGAGGAACAAGAUGAAAUUCCUAACGAGCAAUCGCAAUCUUCACCGUUGACGUUGCACAAAGACAUAUCGCUGUUAGGAGAAACAGAGGAUUCGGUUCAGGAACAAUCGUCUGUUUCUUGUCUUCUGAGAUCUCACGAUGUUCCAGCAACCACAGCUUCUACCUCACCUAUCAGACAAUCGCCAUUGGGCACGGUAGCCUCCGAUUGCGGAGGUUUAUUGGUAGGAGGCGAAUUAACUGCUCUCAAACACGAAAUUCAACUUUUACGAGAACGGUUAGAGCAGCAAAGUCAACAAACCAGAGCUGCUGUUGCUCAUGCGAAACUUCUACAGGAUCAGCUUGCAGCAGAGACCGCUGCACGCGUUGAAGCUCAGAUGCGAACGCAUCAAUUGCUGGUGCAAAACAAGGAAUUGUUGGAACACAUAGGAGCAUUGGUUGGUCAUCUCAGGGAACAAGAACGUGUAUCGAGUGGUCACGUUAAUACGCAAUCACAAAUGCCUGUAUCGUCGACAACGACUCAACAGGGAUCCACCAUUCCUGAUUUACCUAAUCUUGGCCAGUGCCAACGAACUGGAGAACAAAGUUCAUCUUGGGAAUCGGAUCCAUCGGCAUUCACUUAUUGUCCUUACUCCAUGGAUUCUUUAUAUCCUGGUAGUCUCGGUGUUAUGGGAAUUCAAGGAAGCAACAGUUCUACGGAUCAAUUACAUUUCCAAGCACAACUAAUGGAGAGACUUCAUAAUAUCAGUCCAUACCAAAAUCAAAGAUCGCCUUAUGCUACGCCAUCACCAUACACGAUGCCACAUGGAUUUUUAUUAUCUCCUAAUUCCAGACCGUCGAACUCAGCACAGCUUUCACCAAGCUCUAUAUCUCUAAGAGUGUCUCAGUCCAAUAGUUUCACACCGUCACCUGUUAUGAAUCACAAAUUGGACAAUUACAGGACAACGACAACUAUCGCCGAGAAUACGGAUAUUCACCAAUCGUCUUUCAUUAAACCGUUACCUUGUAAUGUUAAUGAUCAAAGUUCGCCGUCAAUAGAUAACAUCAAGAUCAAGCAAGAACGUUAUUAUGGUCAAGAAGAGAUACCACCUAUAGUUUUGGAUCCACCACCACAAGGCAAACGUAUGGAUGGUAUUUCCAAAGAAAAUUUUCAAAGUACUAACAAUGACAAAGGUCAAGCUCAGAAAAAAAUUGUUGCGAUGUUACGUUCACCUGGGCCACCACCAACUCGUACAACUAGUGCUCGUCUACCACCGAGAAACGAUCUGAUGAGUCAAGUCAAAAGGACAACUUGGGCUCGGCAUACUACGAAAUAAUAUAUUUUCAAGACGAACAGUGCUGGAAGUAUUUUGAUUGUUCUCAUUAAACAAUAAGAAGAAAUGAAUUUUUAGAAUAAAAGUGAGCAUCGAAUGAGAUGUCGUUAGUCUUCUUGUGCCAAAGAAAUAAUGUAUCGCCGCCAAGUUUUUAAGUAUGUAAAUAAAACUUUGUAUUACCAGAAAAAUCCGGACAGUCAUGUAAACUGUUAAAUAUAAAUUAUUAUUUGUAUAUACAAAUACAUAUACAUGUACAUGUAUUUUUUGGCAAAUAGAUUGCGAGAAAAAAUGAAUCGGUUUCUUUUUUAAAAUAAAAGAAAGGAUAACAUUA